ACCCACCAGUGGCCGAGCGGUCUUCGUCCCCGCACUUGAGCAAUCUAGACUCUGAAUACUGGGAAUUCGGUCGUGGGUUCGCGUCUCGCUCAGACGGGCUGGCAGCAUGCAGUUUUCUGGGUUUUCUCCAUCUCGAUGACGCCUGAUAGGGGAUUCAGAGAUUUUUAACUAUAAUGGAUUCAGUAAAGCCAAAUAUUGUUUUUGUUCUUGGCCCACCUGGUUCAGGAAAAGGAACACAAUGCAAAAAUAUUGUGGAGGAAUUUGGAUUUGUUCAUCUUUCAGCAGGUGAUCUGUUGCGGGAGGAACGAAAUACUUCAGGUUCUAAAUAUGGUGAAUUAAUUGAAAAUCAUAUCAAAAAUGGAACAAUUGUACCUGUUGAAAUUACUUGCAGCUUAUUGGAAAAGGCAAUAAAUAAUGCGAAAAGUAAGAACUUCUUGAUUGAUGGUUUUCCUCGUAAUCAGAAUAAUUUAGAAGGAUGGAAUAAACAAAUGGCUGACAAAGUUAAUUUGAAAUUUAUUCUGUUUUUUGAAUGCUCUGAAGAAGUAUGUAAAGAAAGAUGUUUGAAUAGAGGUAAACAAGGAAGUGGUCGAUCUGAUGAUAACGAGGAAAGUCUGAUGAAAAGGUUUAAUACUUACAAGGUUGAUACAUUGCCAAUUAUUAACUUUUAUGAGAAACAGAAUUUAGUUAAGAAACUGGAUGGGACUAAGCCAGCACAAAAAGUAUUUGAAGAUGUCAAGGAACUUUUUAAAACUUUUCUAUGAAGGAAAUAGAACAUUGUUUGGGCUUUACAGUAAAUUUAUUUCUGUAUCUGAAAUUUAGAAACUGUAAUUUUGGAUGAAAUUAUUUUUGAAUAGAAAAACAGUUAUGAGAAAUCUUGUUAAUAAUUUAUAUACAUUUAUUAUUGUUAUUUGAUAGACAAGAUAUACAUUUAAAGAUAUUAGAAAAUGGUGAUUGUUGCAAUAAUAAUUAAAAAGAACAGAAAUUUAAAUAAAACAAUGUUAUGUUUUUCAUCAAUUUUUCCAUUUUUUUCUUAUUUGAAAGCUUAAUCUAUAUUUGUAUACUUUUUAUUAAGCUAUAUUUAUCUGCUAGCUUACUUUUUUAGUAAAGGCAAUUGUAGUUUUAUAAAAUAAUAUACUAUUAUGAGAACAUGCUGUAUAUAUUUAAUUAAAUGACACUGCACAGUUUUGUAGAAGGCAUUUUUUUUAACCAAUUAAAAUUGUUUGUACUUGUUUUAUGUAUACAGAAAGUAUUAUAGAUUGUUCUGAAAAAUUAUUGUUUUUAGCUUGUAAUUAAAUUCUUGAUUAAAAAGAGUCGUUAUUUAUCCAAAAAAA